CAAAUUAAAAGCAUCACUCCAACACAAGGGUUCAUGAUGAGAAUACUAAUUGCAGUGCUCUCGUUGACAGUAGCAGCUUCUGCUUUUGAUACAAAAUGUGGAGAAUGUGUAGCAAUGAUUGAACCUUUUGCUGACACAUAUGUUAGCGGUAUGUCUGCUGAAGAGUUCUCUGACGCCUGGAAGGAUGCCUGUGAUUCUCUUACUGGAAAGCAGAUGAAUACAUGUCUAGCAUUGAAUAUUCACUACAGCGAAGAUGUCUUUGCUAUCCUUACUGAAAAGCUGUCUGGCGAUGAAGGACCAGCUAAGGUCUGUAGCAUGUUUGAUCUCUGUAAAGCUGGAGAUAAAAUGCACCUGGACUACACUUGGGACUGUGGAGACUGUAAAAGCCAGGCCAAGAAUUAUCAGAAAAGUGUUACAAAGCUCUCAGAGUCCCAGUUGAAGAAGAAGAUGAAUAAAGCCAUGUGCUCAGGCAUCGAUGCAAGCAAAAAGGCCAACUGUGAGAAUUUUGUUAAAGAAGCUGUUCCAUUAAUUGCUUCAGUUUUAAAGAAAAUGGAUAUGAGCAAAACCUUCUGCGCAAAUGUUGGAAUUUGUCCAACAAAAUCAGGCAUUUUCCAAAUGUCGUCUGUUAAGAACGGAGGGGGAUCUGAAAAACCUGCUGAAUGCAAGAAAUGUCAAGCAUCUGUUAAUUUGAUGAGAAGCUUGCUCGACCUCACUGAUGCUGCCUUUGACUCUUCUAUGGUGUGCAAAAUGCUUCCAUUCAUUGGAAAGAAGUGUGAUGAUUUCUUCAGUAAGUACGGAGACAUCAUUUACGAGGGCAUUAAAGCAAACCUAGAUACCACCGAGAUAUGCGAGAAAGAUCUUGGGCUUUGUGAUCCUGAUAUACCUGAAGUUGCGAAUACAGAUGCUACAGAGACGGAUUCAAGGCUAUACAGCUCAAAAGCAAGAUUUUUCUACAAACUAGUUCAUCUGGACUAAACUAUUCUACAAACUAGUUCAUCUGGACUAAACUUUUCUGCAAAUUAGUUCAUAUGGACUAAAUUAUUGAGUUUCAUCAAUUUGUUUGAAAUAAAGUUUUUAUUAUGGCCACAGAAA